ACUGUCACUGUGUAGCUCACGUGGGCUGAAUUUUUUCUAAAAAAACCAGUUCCAAAUCACAUUCCAUCAAGGAAACAACACUUCAACAAAUUGUUUAGUCUUAGUGUUCUUUUCAAGGGACUAAUAUUUUUUAUAUUCCUAGUAAAAGAAUUUAUAAUUGACUUUAUACCAUGGAUGAGAAUUACGCAGAUGCAAGUCCUAGCAAUGGGUCAUUGGGCAGCGCAAAUGAAGACUUGCCAUGCGAAGCAUUACAGAUCCCCGAAACAGAAGUAGCGUCGACUACAGCAGAAGCGGCCAGCUCCUUAUUCACCGCUACUAGAAAAGCUAGAGGGAGAUCAAGGUGUUCGGGAUCAAAGUUGAAGUCGGCUUCAAAGCCCAAAAACUCAAUUAAGCGAAAGAAGCCCAAUUCAAGGUCAAAGUCCAGCACGCGCAAGACCAAGAGCACGCCGGCAGCCAGGUCGCGCGAUAGGAAGACCCCCUCAUCGCGUCUCAAGAAACCCAAAUUGAACUGCGUGAGCCGGAAGCGUAGUUCUCGAAUUAGCAUUAAACACAAUAAAUGCUGCAAGCCCAAUCUAACUAUGAACAAAGCAUAUUUGCAAUUUCUACGCGAAUAUUGCGAAAGACCACAAGAGCUGUCAGGACCGGAUCUUGCACAAAAGGCCGCGCGCGCCUGGUGUCGCCUCUCCGAUGUGAAGAAACAGAAAUUUCUGGCACGGCGCACAAAGAAAAUAUGUAAAAAAGCCCGAUUUUGUGCAAUUCAAUAGAGCUGAGCUGUAAUGUAUGGUGCUGUGCUGUGACGAUCGCAAAAAAAAAAACGUCUAUCGUAAACUGUUUCGGAUCUAUUACAAAAGCCACAACCAAUUAAACUUUAAAGCAACAAAAAA